AUGCGGGCCAAGCACGUAGUUCCUGGCCUCCCUAUUCAAGCCCGGAUGCUUGAAUUCAAGAGCUGCAUGCUGAACGAAGCAAGAGGGAAAAAACAAGAGGAGCAGGAGGAAGAGGAGAAGGAAGAAGAUCAAGAACUUUCUCCAGAACAGAAGAGGACAUUGGAAAGAAAGCUGAAGAAGGAGCGUAACAAGGCACAAAAGAAAUUAAUGCGAGAAGCAGGGAUUGUGGCCAAGAAGAAAGAACCUAAGAAGCCAUCUGGGUCAGAGUUGGCUCUGGACUACUUAACUACCUGGUCUGAGAGUCCCCAAGGCUGGAGAUUUCAAAAGACGAGGCAAACGUGGCUUCUUCUGCAUAUGUAUGACAAAGACCAGGUCCCCAAUCAAUAUUUUUCCAUUUUGCUGCGGUAUCUUGAAGGACUUCAAGGCAGUGCCCGAGACACAACAGUGCAGAAAGCAGAAGCUCUUAUGAAGGAGUAUGACAAUUCUGAAAUGGACGACGACCUGGAAGAGAAGUGUGAGCGUAUCCGGAAGGUUUUGCAGUUGCUGUCAUGAAAAAACUUACCUUGUCCAGAUUUCCUAGAUCCUUAUAUCUGCAUAAAGUUAGAAGAACUGAAUAUAAUUCCUAACCACUCUUUAAAAUUCAAACUCUUGGUCAGAAGCAUGGCAUUGCUUUGAAAUCUCUCCCGGGGUUGCAAAGGAAGUGGAAGAAAUAGCUAAAUAAAUCAAUAAACUGGUCAGUAUUAAAAACAA